AUGGCGUCCAACAACAACACACCAGAAGGCCAGGAGGUCCAGAAGUCAUUGAUGUCAAAUCUUCAUGAAUAUGGCACAAACCCCCUCCCGCCUGCAAUCCACGCAAUCCUGAUUGCCGCAUUGCACGGCCGGCCCAUGAAGAUUCUGCCCUUCUCGUUCGCCCCGGCCCUUCUCUUCAGCAGCUACGUCAACCUCGCCGGCUUCCCCACCGACAGCGCGGGCUUCACUUGCGCCGUCUCAGGCCUCUACGCCCUCCUCGCUCUGCGCCGCCGUCAACCGCUACGGAACAAGUUCACGGCCCGCGGCGCCGUGCGGGGUCUCGCCAUUGGUAUGGGCUUCGCCAACUCGGCCGCCGGCGCGUGGGUCUACGCGAACGGCGACAGGAAGAAGGACGAGGAGGAGAGAAAGGCGCGGAAUCGCUGGGGAGGGGAGUCAUGA